AUGCCUAGAGAAAUAAUAACACUGCAGGCUGGCCAAUGCGGCAACAGCGUCGGGCAGCAGUUCUGGCAGCAGCUCUGUCAAGAACACGGUAUCAAUCGCGAUGGCAACCUCGAGGACUUUGCGACAGAGGGCGGUGACCGCAAAGACGUCUUCUUCUACCAGUCAGACGAUACCCGCUACAUUCCACGCGCCAUUCUCCUGGAUCUCGAGCCCAGGGUCCUCAAUUCCAUCCAGUCGAGCGCCUACAAGAACAUCUACAACCCCGAAAACUUCUAUAUACACAAGGAUGGCACCGGCGCCGGAAACAACUGGGGCAUGGGCUACAGCAUGGGCGAGCAGGUGCACGAGGACAUUUUGGAUAUGAUUGACCGUGAGGCUGACGGCUCAGACUCACUCGAGGGUUUCAUGAUGCUGCACUCCAUCGCUGGUGGUACUGGAUCCGGUCUCGGCUCAUACAUGCUCGAACGAUUGAACGACAGAUUCCCAAAGAAGCUUAUCCAGACAUACAGUGUCUUUCCCAACACACAGGACGGCGACAUCGUCGUCCAACCAUACAACAGCUUGCUGAGUAUGAGACGCUUGACACAAAACGCAGACUCCGUGGUUGUCCUCGAUAACGGAGCCUUGACAAGGAUUGCCGCAGACCGACUGCAUGUUAUGAACCCCUCGUUCGAGCAGACCAACCAGUUGGUGUCCACCGUCAUGUCCGCUAGUACCACGACCCUCCGUUAUCCUGGAUACAUGCACAACGACCUUGUGGGUAUCGUUGCAUCGCUCAUUCCCACACCGCGCUGUCAUUUCCUCAUGACUUCUUACACCCCCUUCUCCGGCGAGAACGUAGAGCAGGCCAAGACUGUUCGCAAAACAACCGUCUUGGACGUUAUGAGACGACUCUUGCAGCCCAAGAACCGCAUGGUCUCUACAAACCCCACCAAGAAGAGCUGCUACAUGUCUAUUUUGAACAUUAUCCAGGGAGAGGCCGACCCUUCAGAUGUGCACAAAUCACUUAUGCGCAUUCGCGAACGACGUCUCGCUACCUUUAUACCGUGGGGCCCCGCCUCUAUUCAAGUCGCCUUGACUAAGAAGUCUCCCUACGUGACCUCCUCACACCGAGUUUCUGGACUUAUGCUUGCGAAUCACACAGGUAUCGCCACACUCUUCAAGCGAAUAGUAGCGCAAUACUCCACGCUCAGAAAACGUAACGCUUUCCUUGAGAGCUACAAACGUGAAGUGCCCUUCAAAGAUGGUCUCGGCGAGUUCGAUGAAGCCAAGGAAGUUGUACAAGGUCUGAUUGCAGAAUACGAAGAGGCUGAGGAUGCCGACUAUCUUACCAAAGAGACAGCGCCACCUGCAGCUGAAGCUGACGAUGCGAGAGUGGGCUAA